AUGGAGCACCUCGUGCGCGACCCGGCUCUUCGGACUCGGGUGUACCACCUCAAGGCCGAAGGGAUGGCGUUCAAAGUCACGGUCGCGCUCCGUGCAAGAAGGGUGGAGAAGUGGAUCCGCGGCGUGACGAGUGACUUCCUCGAUGCCGCAAUGACCAAGUGCGUCACCUUGGACUGCGAGUUCACCGACCCUCGCGUGGUGCUCAAGGAUUUCUUGCAGGACAGGAACAUCAGAUUGUGCGGUGUCGCUAUCGGCAAUGAUGUGAAAAUGCUAAGUCUCUACGGCAUUCGUAUCACUUCUGCGUACGACCUCCAAAAGGUAGUACCGAACCCCACCACCAAGCCCACUCCAAGUCUAUAUGAUCUGGCAAACUAUACCAUUGGGACAAACCUUGAGAAGAAGAAGAAGAAGAAGUACAACAAGAAGAUGAUGGACGUCGCCCCGCAAGAAAAAGAAGAUUACCUCAUUUUUUGA